UUGGAACUUAUGCAAACAACAACAAAGGUGUUUUACAAAACUACAAUGAUAAACUAUCAUUAGAGAAAAAUCGUGAUUACCGAAAUGAAAUUUUUAUCUCAGCAUUCAGCGAUGGAAGAGAACAUAAUUUAGGAAGAUUAGGUUCGCCUGAAUUGUUGAAAAAAGAAAGAUUUUCAAACUCUAGGAAGAUGGCAAAACAACUGAACUGUUCUAACGACUCCAACUUAACGAGAUCAUUUGAAGGAUCCCCGAUUCUACAAGGAAGAGAGGUAAGUGCUGGAGAGUUCUGUGAUUGGUGGAAUCAUGAAUUCUCUACAGAAGGUUGUUUUGAUAUUAAAGUACAAAAUAGUCUUUGCCAGAUCGAAGAAAACGAUCAUUUAUUACACUCUGAAAAUAAUAAAGACGUUUUAGAUGUUCAAAAAGUUAAAUCUAAAAAGGAAUCCAAAAAUAUAACCAAAAGUAUUACAUUUUUCAACAGUGACGUAACAUUUAAGUGCACGAAUGAAGGUUGCUUCUCAGACGCUAGGGAAUCUUUCACUAAAAUAGGAGUUACAAAUGGCAUGAAUGAAGGAAAUUCAGAUACAAGUGUUUCAGUUCCCGAACAACAUGUCUGCCUCAAAGACGAAAUAAAAAAAAUUCAUGACGUUAAAUUAAUAGAACAAAAGGGCGAGGAAAAGAAAUGUAAGACAUACUCUAAUAUUAAUGAGCCAAAAGACGGCGUGAAAAAUAUAAUAUCCCAAUCCGAAUGUAGCAAAAUAAAAAUGGCAGUCAAUGAUUCUUUCUCGCAAGUAAGAAAAGAUCAAGAAUUUUUUAGUUUCAACACAACUGAUACUGAGAGGAAAGUUGUUAGUUAUGACUGUGACUCAGGUACUGGCACGUGUUUGGCCCUGAACCCUUGUGAUACUCCAGUGUCAAGAACAACUAGUUAUUUAAGAGAAUUGUUCAAUAUGCAAAACACUAACGUGAAACUCUGUGCACAUAGUAAGGCACGAGCUACUGAAAACAUGCCUGGGAACAGGUGGUUACCACAUUCCGCACUUCAGGAAGUCUUAUUAAGACACACCACUACUGAUGGACUAUUGAUUGAACAAACCACGCAAGCGCCAGCUAAGGAACGCUUCAAAGAUCAUACAUGUAACUUACAUGAAAACAAUACAGAGUUUAGCGCUGAGGCUGCUUGGAAAGGAAACGUAGGUUUUUCUGAUCAGCAAGGUAGCUAUGAGCAUGACGACUCCAAUAUUAAAUUUACGGUCACAGAUAUUCAUCAGCGUGUAGACAAAUGGUCAACAGAUCAUGUCUUCUCCUGUGCAUCACUUACUGAUGGUAAAGCCAAAAGCUGUAAUAUCGAUUCACAAGAGACAGACACUUGUUCAAGUGAGACAUGGCCAGUCUCUGAAUGUCUGCUUCACUCACAAAAACUGAAACUGAACGGAGAAAAGCUCACUUCGAAUAACAUUUUACCCUCAAAUUGUAGUCAACAAAGCACAUCGCUUCAAGGUGAACAAUGGAUGAAACCCUACCUAAUCAACAGUUACAGACCAAGUUCAAAAUUUUCAAGUGAACAGGAAAAUACAGAACUGAACAAUAUUUUAGCUUUCGAAAACCACAGGGAUACAAAAGGUAAGACUGACAUCACUAAACCGAUAAUUUGUCGUGCUUCCGGAAAAUCUAGGAAAAUAGCCAGUCAGUCAAAGAAGGGUGAAGAUAAAAACAGGAAGAUCAGUGAAAUUAUGGAGCAAAGUAUGACAGAGAAUACAAAAAAAGGAGAAUCACCUAAGGUAGACAAUGGGGGAGAAACUCAGGAUAAAAGUAAAUGUGAAGAACAGGAUCUACAUCCACUAAAUAUGUUGUUCAAGGAAGGAAGAAAUGGCCCAGAGAACCCUAAAAUUGGAUUUAUUCAAAAUCUCAAUCCUUUGCGAUACGACCAAAGAACAUAUGAUGGAAAAGGAGGAUGUUUAAGGACAGAAAAACAAGAUAGCAAGAUAAGAAGUAGUGAACACCAAAUAAUUUCACCGAUAGAGUACACCACUGUGAGCAGUCAGCAAGAACAUGAAGAAAUGAGAAAUGUAUGUCCACCUCUGGACGUAUCGUUUAAACCAGAUGUAUCUGAGAACGAAAAUUUGGUAAGUGUUGAUGACACAUUAUUUAAGGGUAAGCAUGUCUUAACAUCAUGCGUAACUUUUACUCCACAGUAUGGAGAGAAGGAAUAUGGUGGUAUGUCAAGUAAAUUACUUUUAAGAAUUUCAGACCAGGAGACCAAUCAUAAUAAUGAGAAUGCAAACACACCUUAUAAUAACAGUGCUUUAAGAGAUGAUAAAAACAAAGAUGUUUCCCAAGGAUUAGUAGAACCUCAGUCAUCAACGUGUCAUGAUCAUAGUUACCAUAGGCAUCGGCACACUGAAAAAUAUUUGAAAAAUACUCAUUUCUACGACAGUGAAACUUGCUCUGCUCUUAAAACUGUAACCGUCAGAUCUAACAUAGAUCGAAAAAAAAUUAAUUAUGUGGAAAGUGAAUCAAUACAAUCACAUCAUCGCAGCGAUGAUGAAAAACAACGUAAAAGCGAUGAUUUAACGAUCGUACUUAGCGGAGUAAACCGUGAAGUAGCACAAUAUGUGGCGCCAUCUCGUACGAUUCACGAUAACUGCAAAACUAAUUUAGACGUUGUAAGUGAGGGUGUUGAAACACGAUCCUUACAGUAUCAGAGUGACCUUCAUGACCCUACUCUGCUGCGUGACUUUCCCCCUUUGUGUAGGAAAGUGAACGCUAUGCCAAGGAAUGCAUGGUCUUCGGAAGCACUCGUUUCUGACCGUGUAGAGAAUAGCACAGAUGCGUUUCUAAAUCUGGGACGUCUUUGUGCCGCUGAGAGGGAGGACUUAGAGCCAAGCCCAGUUGAAGGGAAGCCAGGAAAGUAUACACCAGCAGCUGCAGGCGUUCAGCCUACAAGUAGGAAUUUAAAGAAAAGUGCUAGUGGUGAAUCGAAUGACUGGAAGAAAUGUAAUUCUCCAUUGACAACAGCCAUCACUUCUUGCUCCAUAACUUCAAGCUCUCAAAUAGAAAAAGACCGUAUUGUCGAUAAAGUGACUACUGAUGUCAUAACUGCCUCAGCCAGCGCCUCUGUUGAAACUAACAACCCUCGACGGUCUCUAACUCGCGUCACGUCUCGAAGAGAAACGUGUGCAAAUGCUCCAAGCCAUAUUUUGGUUAAGAACAACCUUCUGGCGUUUUCACUACCAGACGUUUCUAACGUUCUGUUCACAGUAACGAACAAAACAGAGAAGUUAUGUGGUUUGUCAUGCCAAAAAAUCUCUAAGUUGUUGGAUGCGAGCUUUGAUGAUGCUUUUCUAGUUAUCAGCAAUUUCCAUAGGUUUAAACAUCUCCGCAGAAGCCAUUCUGAGCCAGCCUUGCUCUUCCAAAUUCCUUAUGUAUAUGUGAAUCCGAAUAAAGGUGAUGUAAAGACAGAAAAAGAAAUUUCAAGGAAGUUAAUCGAGGAAAAACAAGGUAAUAAUCUAAAACAUUUACAAGAUAGUUGUAACAAUAUGGCUGAAAAGUACUUAUGUUCUGAUACUGAUAAUGUAGGAAUAGAUUGUAGUUUUGAGAAUUGCGAUAAAUCUGGUCAAAUGCCACCAAAGUCAAGCAAGGAUAAACAGCUACAAAUAAAACAACCAAAAUAUCGUGAAUUUUCAUCCCUGAAAAUGUCUAACAUAGCGAAGUCAUUUCAGCGUGAAGAGGAAUUAGCUCAAGAACCAAUAUCAGUUGGUAGACAAGUUGUUCAAGUUCAUGCGUCCGUCGUCCCUUCUUUUACUAAGUCUAUAGUAAAACUUCCAAGUGGACUGACUAAACCAAAACCUCCGCCAAAACCAGCUCGUUUGCUAACCAUUGGCAAAGCACGACAGGUUCGACCGCCGAAUUUGAUAACAGAAGGUUCGUCAUUUAAACAUAGUGGUUCUAUUUCCAUUAAUACCAACUCAACUGUGACGUUGGCAGAUGUAAACAAUCGAUUAUUGUCGCCUAGCAACAUCAAUAAGGUGUCUGAUGUUACCACGUGGAAGUAUGGUGGCGAAACUAGUCGCCCCAAGGCUGUAACAAUUGUGAUUCCAACCGACAAAGUUGAAAAUGAUAAUGUCAAUAUUGUGACUUUAACUCCUGAACCAGAGCAUAAAUGUUUAAAAGAAAAUGAAACUGAACUUCCUAACCCGAACUUUGUCAUACCUCUAGAAGAACAAAAACCACCCUGUAACCAGAGAAGUGUAAUAAAAAUGCAUUCACAAACCCGAAGAUCUAAGGAGAAUGAAGAUAAAUUAUCUUGUAUAGAGAAUAGGUGUGGAAGGAGUGUUACUCCUGAGUAUCCUUCAUUAAUUCAUGCAGAGAAGAAACUUUCUCUUCCAUCAUCAUCUCAUAAUUACAUCUCCAGCAGUUUAACAUCUACACAUUCUAAAACCCAGGAAAGACAGGGUUUCAUCAGCUCAAGAAAUAAAGUCGAAAGAAACUUUAAUUAUUUACUGAAUUUGAAACCCGUCGCUGAAUGUCAGAAACCACGAAAUCCAACAUCUUUAUCUCCUCUUUCGUCACCAUUACCUCAGGAAGGUUCUGCUGAUAGAAUCGAGCGUAUUACUGGCUUUAAAUCUGCAACAAAAGGCAAUGCUACAAAGCCACCACUGCCACCACAACUUCAGAAUGUUGGAUGUGAUAGAACACACUUUGGAAUAAAGGGUCGUAUUGCUGUUGCGCGGAAACAGUUUUUAGACACUGUUCAGAGCAGUGAAGGGAUUGUGUCUGAUAAUGUAAGUCAAGAUGUCAAUAAAGAAAGGUUUAAAUCUUUCCGACGUUCUACUGAAGUGGAAAGAGCCAGACUUAUAGGGAGCACUCCGAAUCUUGUGGCUCUAGAAAGGUCAGCACGCAGCAGUAGGAGACAUAUUGAUCGAAUUCUAGCUACUAAAGGUCCGAGUCAGCAAGAAAGUAGCGCAGAACGCAGUAGCUCUGAGCCUCAUCGGCAUACAGGUGACUCAAAUGUCGUCUGGCCUUCUUAUAAUCAGAAACUGGCUCAAUAUAAAGAACGAUGUGAGCUGGAGAAAACACUGAGAAGAAGAAGCAAGAGCUUGGGUUAUUUAGAAACAGAUAUUGACACACUGGAGUGCAGACAAGUGUGUGAAACAGAUCUUGAUAGUUCAAGCCAAGAAAAUAGUUUAAAUAACGAGUCUCACGCUCACAGUAUGCUUACAUUGGGUGAUCAGGGCCAAAUACAUUUUGCUAGUGGCAUGGAAGACAAUUCAAGAGCUCGAAGCAUGGAUUUCCUGUUGGAUGAUGAUAAUAGGCUAGCUGCUUUACCUCCAGAAAAUACAUUGAAUACUAAUAAAACCAAAUCUGAGCACGAAUUGCGUAUAGAGAGGUCUUUGCAAAAUUUGAAUGUCCCAGAAUGGUAUAGAACCUCUCCUUGGAGUAAACUAUCACAGGAACGAACGCUUUUGAAGAGAGACGAAGGAACACAACGUCCACGGUGGGAGGGACUAGGAUCAAGAACCACAUCUUCGUCUAGCCUAGCGUCCACUAGUUUUUCAGGUAGAAAUUUGACAACCCCUGAUCAAAUGAACACUGCUGACUGGCGUUAUAUGGGUUCAUUUCGAUCAUCACGAGAAAGUCUGACAGGAGCUAGUACAGAUUCAGUGUCUCCUGCUGAUUCAUACUCAUUGUCCAGGUGGAGUAGUUCUCGCUUGUCGUCAACUAGCGCUCCUGUAUCAGGGUGGCCAGCUUACCGUUCUUUUAAACAACCUUACUUAGGAUGGAGAGCAGCAGCUGGUCUAUCUCCUGGCAGCAAUCUUUCAGAAGCCCCUUCUCCAGCUCUGUCAACUCCAGUAACCACUAGCCGACCUGUAUCGCCUGGUCGGAGCCUCGGAGAAGGUCAUGUAGCUACUUCCCAUUUAAUGGACAAGCCCGAAACACAUACUUCUCCACAUAGUCAAAUAGUAAAAAAUGUGGAAAAAAGUAAUUUCUUUACAAACCUUAACGAACAACUGAGUAAGUAUGGUCACUUUACUGACAUUUUGGAACAAAUAAGUGAUCAUACGAGGCCAGAACAGGCCCCUCCCCCGACGAAUCACCCUAAAGGUGACACGGAGGCGAGAAAUAGCCAAAGUGGCUCGUUGGAAAAAGCAUCUCUUUCUUCCUCUUACAUUAGAAAAGUUAGUCAAAAGUCCUCAGGAUCAACUGACAAUGGUUCUCCCCACUACCAGAUAAGAAACUCGGAUGAAAACGACUCCACUUUCCGAAAUUCUUUAAUACGCCUUUAUGACUCUCUAGUAAAAAGUAGCGAACCCAUCAACGUAUCUGUGUCUGUAAGUGACCCCAGCAAUUCACUUUAUCAAACAUUUAUUACUGAUAGUCCAGUUAGAGAGAACUCUUACCAAGAGUAUAGCAAGCAAAGAAAUUCACAAGAGAAAGAUAUUUCUUUGUCACAACAAAUCCCUAUAAUUCAUAAUUCACCUUGGAAAUGUUCUGUUGACAAUGGAACAGAUCAUUCUCAAUCCGCUUAUCUAAACGAAAAGGAAAAAGAAGAAAAUCUUAAAGUUAUCACUACGAAUUUAGAUUCCCAGGUUGUGAGCUCUAGACUUCUGCAAGAGAAUGAUGAGCCCCAGGUUGUGAGCUCUAGACUUCCGCAAGAAAAUGAUGAUCCUCAGGUUGUGAGCUCUAAACUUCCGCAAGAGAAUAGUGAGAAACGGAAAAAUGUUCUGAACGGUUACCGGGGAGAAAUUGAAAUGGCUUUGGAAGAACCAGACACUUUACCGACAUUUAUUAAGCAAAAUAUUCAUGAUAAGUUCGAGAGUCCGCAUGAGCGUGACCGCGAGGAGGACACAUUUUCGUAUAUUCAAAUUCAAAGUAUUUGCAGCGGGGAUUCUAUCAUUGACAAAGAGUCAGAGAAAGACACUAGUACCACUAGUCCUAAUGUACCACAUUCUUCCUCUAACACCAACCAAAACCAAAACUCUUCCUCUCCACAGCAUGUAAUGUGGAUGGAGUCAUCAUUUGUAGGAUCAAGACCAACUACGUCAGUGGUAGUAAUGCCUUCCAACGAAUCACCUGCCGAAACAGCCAGUGAAAUAUGCAAUGUGGAUGGUGAUAAGGACAGUGUCCAGAAUCAUAAUGGUCUAAAUAAUCUGGAAGAAGAAACAGAAGAUAUUACUACGUCAUUAGAUGAUGUUUUAGACUCUUCGCUGGAUAUUCCUUUCAGUUCUCUAUCUUCUAACCCUGGGGCAUCACGUUACGAUAGCCCUAGUGUUACUCAGAUGAUCAGUUCAGUCGCAGUAAGCCAAGAGGUGUCAGUAACAUUUGACGUUGGAUGUACAGAAAAGAUAGAACCUUACCAGAAGACAUCCACUGAUGUGAGAUCACACCCUACAACACUCUCUAGGAGUCGUGCAGGAUUUCAGCAAUCUCCUUGUAGGAAACUAAGUGAAGCAAUUUUCAUUGGAUCUGGAACAAGAGAUGACAAUGUGUUUUCUAGUACAGUGGUGACAUCUCUGGAACCUGAUUUUGGGCAGUCAUCCAGAGAAGAUGCAGAAGAAAAACUCAAAGAAGCAAUGUCUCAAGAAAACAAGAAGUAUACGUUUCCAGAACAAGAAGAAGACAAAACUGGAGACCAGCAAGUUUAUAAUAUCUUUAAAUUUACCCCAACACUUCCAGACACACGUCAUGGUUUCCCGGAGUCAAACCAUAACACCGAAGAAACAUCAGUUUUGUCACACAUGGAUGAUACUCAAUAUGAGUCAUCUCAGCAUCAAGUAUCAAUUACAUGCAACCGUUCCAAAUGUACCAAGACCUUGCCCGCAGAAGAAGCACAAACGAAGUUUCGCAUGUGUCCUAACUGUUAUACUUACUAUUGUAGCAGGCAUUGUCGUAAGCUUGACUGGGAGCGUCAUAAAAACCAGUGUCCUUACACAAAAGUCGGUAAUUUGUGUCAAAAAGUUCUAAUCAAAGUUCGACAAGACCCAGUUUCCAGACGGAAUCUAUCUGUGUGUGCAAGAAGAGGAUAUUUGUCUCGAGGGCGAGGAGCUGUCAAACUAGUAUUCUACAAUACAGAAGGUGCCUUAGACUUUAUGUGUAAAGGUUGGGAAUCAAUUCGCAGGCAGAACGUUUAUGUCCCUCUAGGUGAUCUCCUGCCUCAAGAAAUGGGAGCGGAUAUGUAUACCCACGUCCGAUCCCUCUGUGACCACUACAACCCAGCAAAGAAGUUUGUUCUUCUAGUAGCCGUACGUGUAACUCAAGACGUAUCGAGUGUGGCUGGUGCUGUUGUAGAGCGAGAAAUAAUUAUACGGGGAACCAAGGUGAGACUAGCUCCACCACUACCAGAAGAUGACGUCCAAACGGUGAUAUUAACGUUAGCUAAAGACCCCGGAUCUGACGUAACUGAGCGACUCCAACAAUGUUUAGCAAUGGAACAUCACCUACAAGAAAGAGGAAUCAACUUAGCAACAGAAUUCCCUGACAUGUAUGCCAAAAUUAGAAUCUUCGUAGAGAAAGGAAAUCCAUUUCUACCCUUCAGCAUGUUCCUCACUGAUCAGAAAACAGCCAAGAUGUUUAUGUGUAUAAUCCUACCUUGGGCUGAUGCUGAUAUCAUUCAAAACAUUUCAGCCAAGGCAGCUGUCACUACAUCCAGGCAACUCUGGAUGCUAUAAUUCUACUAGUUGCCAUAAUUUUUGGAGAAGUCUCAGUCUCUAGUUGCGAAUUCCCUUUCCUUUACGUUUCGUUUAGAUUCUUAAUGUUGCAUGUUAAGUUAGGAACUGGGUUAUGAACUGAAUUAUUGUGAAACUAUUCUAGCGAAUGACGUUUAACUAAGCAACGGGUUAAAUGGAAAAGAAAGGAAAAGAAAAUUUGAUAUUUGUUGGCAACUUUUAAUAAGUAUUAAAGCGUUGGUGACUGUACAUUCCAUAAACUCCAGUUAUACACUUGCAAAUGAUGUGUUUUAUCGCUAGUGGUUAUAAUAGAUUGUGGAAAAUUUUAGCUUCAAGAAGGAUAGGAAAUAAUUACAUGGGCCUGCGAUGAUUUUAUUGUCUUGAAAUUUUUACAUGUUCUGCAGUAAUUCAUAUACGCUGAAUCCGAAAAUGAUA